AUGGAUAUUGCCCAGCAUAACUCUCGAGGUUCACGCAAAGUGGUGAACGAUGGUGAGGCCGAAACACAUGGCGGAUGGAUAAAGUACGUUGUGCCGGACUUCCGGGCGGUUUUCAGGUCGCAGAGCGCUUUGGAGGAUUGUUCGUACCAGGAGGUGGCACUUGGUGGGUACGAGCUGUAUGUUGUGGAACAGUGGGUAUACGAGAGGCAGGCGACGACAGUGGUGGUGACCUAUACUGGCAAUGCGCAAGAUGUACUGCACGGUGUCGAUUUGCGGGUGCCAAAAGACGAGGGGGCAUGGCCGGAGCUGCUGCGACAGUGGUGGCGGCAGGUGGCAGCAUAUAGCACGCAGCAAGAGCCAGGCGAGGGGCGGCAGGUGAUCAUCACGAAUAUUUCGCAGGUGCCGUCCACGCUGAACCUUCUGCAUGUGGAAGGGGGGGACCUGCGAUCAGUGUGGCCCAGGUACCAAGUCAACUUCAACCUAAAGAGACUUGGGUGUGCCGGGCGGUCUGCACUACUGUGCGCUGAACCCCUACCGGCGUCACUGGACAAGUUUCUACAGCUCUACAAGAUAUCGAUGCGGGACUUCGAGCAGGCGAAACGCAGCGUUGUGCAGUUAGUGCAGCUCAUCCAACUGAUACUCGGCUACUUUGGUGUCCUCGGGCGCGAGUUCCAGGACGGCAUAUUGUGCCAGCGCACUGAGGCGGCGCUGGAAGAGUGGUGGGCGGUGUAUGGAACGACGUACCUGGCGGUGGAACGCCCGCGCAAGGAGAGUGUGCUCGGGCCCCUGUCCGUCUCAGCGGUGGUCAGUCUUCUGCUGGCCUGCUAUUUCAAACUGGUUGUUGCAGACGUGAGUUCGUUGAAGGAUCCGUUAGAUGAAAGCUCAAUGUUCUCAGCUGUGUACGCCUUCCAACGGCGUCACGGGCUCGAGAAAACUGCAUGCCUCGACCUUCGGACGGUCAGUAAGCUUUUUGAGGUUACGUCCAAGACAUUUAAUACUGAUAUCUUCAAAUUCAAAAGGGUAGUGAAGUCAACGGUGCAGGAUAUCGCAGGUAAGGGGAAUCCAAUUCAUCUUUCCAGUGAUAUAUUGACGACAGACCUUGAGAAACUUGUGUCACGUCUGCGAUGUGGUGCUUCUCUCAGGGCAUUUUGGAGUGGGAAAGGGCUACCCCAAGGUACCUUAUGGAAUGACUUUACAACAGCCAAAUACGAGUAUGGCUCUCGGGUAUCUGAAACAACCGUGCGGGGGGUGAAUACGACCCAGGAAGAUGAAUUGAUACACUCGGAUUCCGAGUCUCCGACCGACUCUAAUCCGUAUAAUCUGGAGACAUCUGAGAGCCCCCAUGCGGGUAGCACGUACACGUACCACUCUGCUGAAGUUAUUGACCGCGCCCUUUACCGAGCCGAGCUGUAUAGGCGGUCUUCCUCCCCGGACCUGGGAAUCCCCAAGACUCCACAGCCCCCGUCAAACCGUCCCCGCUCUGCGAGCAUGUCCCUAGUGGAAGAUGUCUUCAAUGAAUGGAGCAUGCCUUUUGAGCCUGCUGUAGUCCGCCUCGCGCGCGAUACGUUGAAGGUUGAGGCGCUGGCCGCGCAAAAGCAGCCCUACGAUGAAGACUUGGCUGCUGUUCUCGAAAAGCGUAUUGACGAUCUCACAGCAGCUGUUGAGCGUGUUCGCAAUAAAGCAACAGACAUGCGCAGUGAGAAAACCCUAUUGGCAUCGAAAAAUGGACACCUACUGAAGGAAAUGAAGGAAUUGGAAUCGCUAGCAGCAAAGUUUACCUACGAUGUGCAAGUACUUGACAUAAGAAUGCGUGAUAUUGACGAGGGUAUCGGUCAAUUUGGUCUGCGCUUACAGAAAAUUGAAGAACAGCUCAGCGCUAGAUACUCCUAUCACCUGGCAAAGACAGAACAGCUUGACACAGACGAAGAUCUGGCUCAGGCUGCGCGACUGGUGUUAGAUCGUCAGAAGCCCAGGUAUAAAAGUGUGGUUAUGGCUAUGGUGGCGUGGUUCGCGCCACUGGUGUCAGGGGACUGGAACCCCUUCCUUCGGUUACUACCACGCUUCAAAGCAAACUAG